AUGGACACCAGUAAUUACAGUAAAAAGAACAAGGAGCUCAUCAAUAACCCAUUGCAUGGGAUAUACAUCCCAUCGUUCUUCAUCUUGUUUGGGACAUUGCUUUUUGGAUGGGACAAGGUGAUCUAUGGAUUAUUAUUCAUUGGUUUGUUGAUGGGGUUCAGAUUUUUCCAAUACAAGUUGGCAAAGGGAAAAAAAAGAGUGAGUGCCAGUGAAUUCAAGCCGUUUGAACUUAUUGAUCAAACUAUUAUCACUAAAGAUUCUGCAAUUUAUCGUUUCAAAUUGGAAGAAGAUGAGGCACUUGAUAUUCCAUUGGGUCACCACCUCGGAUGCAGCUUCACCGCCGAAGAAUUGAGCCAAGUUACUGAUAAUGUCAAAGAAGAUGAUAAUGACGUGGUGAAGUAUUACACUCCAAUCUCUUCAAAGUAUGAUAAAGGGUUUUUUGAUCUUUUGGUCAAAUCUUACCCAACCGGUACCGUGUCCAAGAAAUUUGCCUCUUUAAGUGUUCAUCAAAACGUCAAAAUCAAAGGCCCAGUUGGUCGUUUUGACAGUGAAAAGUAUUUGACUCCUGAUCAUUGUGAUAAGGAUAAGAAGGUUAUUUUGAUUGCCGGAGGUUCAGGUAUCACUCCAUUUUUAAGAAUUAUCAUUGAAUCACCAAUGACCAUGAAUUUCCAAUUGCUUUAUUAUUCCAAGACCGAGAAGGAUGUGUUAUUAAGAAAUGAACUCGACCAAGUUGCUGAGUUCAAGGACACUUUUGACUUGAAAUAUUUGUACGGCCUCCUCACCGAGGAAAACCUUACGGAAAACAUUGACAGUUCCCUUGAUAAAUCCUCGUCUGUCUUGAUUUGUGGACCACCAGAAUUCAAGAAAUUGGCUAAAAAAAUUGUUGAGGAACUUGGUUUCUCAGAAACUUUCUUAUUUUAG